AUGUUCACCCUUCCUCGCCUCGCUGUGGCGCCGGCCCUCGGCCGCACCGCCUCCUCUGCCCUCGCUGCGUCCCUGUCGACGGCGGCGGCUGCCCGGGCCGGGCCGGCAGUCAAGGUUGACCGCAAGAAGGAGAUCCAGGCUGCCAAGGGACGCAACGUGGUGCUCGUGGACGCCGCGCGGACGCCGUUUGUCAUGGCCGGGACCGACUUUAAGCCGCUCUGGUCGCACGACCUGCUGCGCAAGGCCUUCAAGGGCCUCCUCGCCAAGACGCAACUCGACACGGAGCAUCUCGACUAUGUGAUUGCCGGCAACGUGCUGCAGGAGGUGAAGACGUCGAAUGUGGCGCGUGAGGCUGCGCUCGGCGCCGGGAUCCCGGACUCGGUCCCGGCCCACACGGUGACCAUGGCGUGCAUCUCGUCGAACCAGGCGCUGACGACGGGCGCAUCCAUGAUUGCGUCGGGCCAGAUUGACUCGAUGAUCUUUGGCGGUACCGAGGUCAUGUCGGACGUGCCGAUCCGGUUCUCGCGCCCGCUCCGCCGGCUCAUGCUCGACGCGCAGAAGGUCCGCUCGCCGCAGGGCUGGAUCAACCUGCUCAAGCGGUUCCGCCCGAGCAUGCUCGCGCCGGAGCUCCCGGCCGUCGCCGAGUUCUCGACCAACGAGGUCAUGGGCCACUCGGCAGACCGCCUCGCCGCGGCCUUUGACAUCUCGCGCGAGGCGCAGGACGACUUUGCGCUCCGCUCGCACAUGAACGCGCUCGAGGCCGGAAAGGCCGGCAAGCUGUCGGACAUUGUCCCGGUGUACGUGCCAGGCAAGAAGGAGCCCGUCGUCGCUGACAACGGCGUUCGCAUCACACCGCGCGAGAAGCUCGCAUCGCUCAACCCGGCCUUUGUCAAGCCGCACGGCACCGUGACGGCGGGCAACGCCUCGUUCCUCACCGACGGCGCCUCGGCCGGCCUCAUCAUGUCCGAGGACAAAGCUCUGGAGCUCGGCUACAAGCCGCUCGCCUACAUCCGCGAGUACGAGUACGUGGCCCAGGACCCCAAGGAUGAGCUCCUCCUCGGCCCGGCCUACGUCACGCCCAAGGUCCUCGCCAAGGCCGGCCUCACCCUCGACGACAUCUCCGUCUUUGAGUACCACGAGGCCUUUGCCGGCCAGCUCCUCGCCAACAUUGCUGCCCUCGAAUCCGAGUGGUUCUGCAAGAACAAGCUCGGCCUUGACGCCGCCUUUGGCUCCAUCGACAUGGACAAGCUCAACAACUGGGGCGGCUCGCUCUCCAUCGGGCACCCGUUCGCCGCUACCUCGACCCGCCUCACUUACCACGCUGCCAAGCGCCUCCAGGACGCCGACACCAAGUACGCCCUCACCGCCGCCUGCGCCGCCGGCGGCCUCGGCUCCGGAAACGUCAUCGAGCGCUACGAGUAG